UUAUAGGCUACCAUAGUUCUAUGAUGAGCAUCGAGAUACCUGUUGGUUUGAAGGACAUGCUGCAAGGAUACACUGUGGAGGUACUACGGCAGAGACCGACAGAUUUGGUUGAAUUCGCAAUCCAAUAUUUCACGCGUCUUCAAGAGUGCCGAAAACACGACCAACAUGCUAAAGACAGCCCGGUCAAUUCUGCUCGAAAGGGGGUGGCUUUUGAUAGUAAUUCGUUUGAAUCAGAUGAAGAUGAGGACUCUGAUGACUAUAUGCCACCUCCCACCCCAAAUAAAUACAGUCGCAGAGUAUCUGUGUGUGCGGAGGCCUACAACCCAGACGAUGAUGAGGAUGAUGACUUUGAGCCAAGGGUGGUACACCCCAAAUCAGAUGAGCAGCGUCGCAGACUCCAGGACGCCUGCCGAGAUAUAUUACUGUUUAAAACCCUCGACCAGGAGCAGUUCUCAGAGGUGCUGGAUGGCAUGUUUGAGGUGUUGGUCAAACCACAGGAGCACAUUAUAGACCAGGGGGAUGACGGAGACAACUUCUAUGUCAUAGAGAGGGGCGUGUAUGAUAUUAUUGUGCUGAUUGACGGAGUUGGGAAAUGUGUGGGGAAGUAUGACAACAAGGGAAGUUUUGGGGAGCUGGCGCUCAUGUACAACACCCCACGUGCUGCCACCAUCAUGGCCAACCAGGAGGGGGCACUGUGGGGACUGGAUCGGGCCACAUUUCAUAGACUCAUAGUGAAAAACAAUGCCAAGAAGAGGAAGAUGUACGAAGCCUUCAUUGAGUGUGUACCCCUUCUAAAGUCUCUCGAGCUCUCUGAGAGGAUGAAGAUUGUUGAUGUCGUGGGAAUGAGAGUGUUCAGUGAUGGGGAGUGCAUCUUAACACAGGGGGAUAAGGCAGAUUGCUUCUAUAUUGUGGAGUCUGGGGAGGUGAAGAUCAUGAUAAUAAGCAAAACUAAGGCAGGGCAGCAGGGUAAUGCAGAGGUGGAGAUUGCACGCUGCUCUAGGGGCCAAUACUUUGGAGAGCUGGCUCUGGUCGCCAACAAACCACGCGCAGCCUCCGUCUACGCCAUGGGAGUUACCAAGUGCUUGGUAAUAGACAUUCAGGCAUUUGAGCGUUUGCUGGGUUCCUGUAAGGAGAUUAUGAAGAGGAACAUUUCCCAAUAUGAGAACCAGCUGGUAGCUCUGUUUGGUUCUAGUGUAGAUUUGAAACAUUAAUGUAUAAUUGUCUUUGUAAGAAAUGUCACACACGAACACAAUCCCACACACGAGUACUCCCUGAACACAAACAGGUGGAUACACACUCUUUAGUAGUACUAAAUUAUACACAAAAACAUAUUGGGUGACAUUUAAUUGUAGAAUCUACAAUUGACAUCCAUGUUACUACGUGAAUGACUGACAAUUUUAAUAUUUAGCUACUAGUACUUUUUUUUUUUUUUACCAUCGUGAUUAGUAUCCAUGUUGGUAAAUUGUUAAUGUAUAAUUCUAGCCCAAUAAAGCUUCCUCAAAUGCUGUUUUAAACUGAAUUUGACUUAAGGUCAAUGACCAAUCAAUCAAAUAUUAACAUGUACUUUGCUUUAAUAUGUCAAGACUUGUUUCACCUACAGUGAGACUUCAUAAAUGUAAUCCCUGUUGAAAACCUAAAUUGUCAUUGCAUGAAUGGAAGCAGCUAAUUUGCAAUUUGUUUUUUUUUGCAAUGCCAUUUUUCAUUAAAACAAACCUUGAUGUGAUGUGGUGCACUGUAGUUUAUUGGACUUUAAGUGGUGUGAAAGCCAAGGGUGCGUGUAAGGACUUGGCCUGUGUCACUUAUGCAACAAUAACCCCUCAGACUGUGUCAGUGAUUAAAUGCUAUUGAACUAUAGAACCUUCCAUUAAUAAUGGAAUUCAUUUCCAAAUACUUGACAAUGUGAAGGGAAAUCCCCUAACCCAACAUCCUGUAUCAAUCAAUAUGUUACAUAAGUAGGCCUUUACUGAACCGUAACAGAAUACAGAUUAUGUUCAAACAUUUAUUUCAAACAGACAGCAUCUCAAAGAGAAACAACAAUGACAGACAUCCAGAUGAAAUAAAAGAGCUCAUUUAAUGUUCAAGUUUUCUGGAUUGUUUUUUUAUUGGAGUAACAAAAUGUGAUGUGCCCUCAGCAAACUCCACACGAGAGUUUGCCAACCUGCUGUAUUAGAAGCAUUUACUCCACGAAAUCAAGGGGUUUCAUCUGCGUCCUUCCUUACAACCCCAACAAUCCCACCUCACCAUCUUGUAUUUCCACGGUUGGUUGGAAGUCUCUUGGUGUCAAGUCAUCUCAAGUUCCAUUUAGUCCGUUUUAAAUAUUUAAAAUAUUUACAGAGUCCAGUAUUCCAAAAACUCUUUAAUCCCACUGUUGCUCGUAUAAUGCUGAAACAGGUGGAAGGGAAGAGCCUCGUCUGGUUUGAGUAGAGAGAAAAUGGAACAGUAGAGCUGGUGGAAUCAAAGGGGUUUGUUAGGCUGACACUGUCCUCUCUACAAGAUCUGAGUCCCAAAUGGCACCAUAUUUCCUUUGUGUACUACUUUUGACCAGGGCCCUAAGUAGUGCACUAUAUGAGGAGUAGGGAGCCAUUUGAGACAUGACCCUAUUAGGGUGCCCUAAUAGUAUUUUGAGGUUAAUUCUUUCUCCUCUAUGGGAUAGGCUGAAAAAUGACGUUUGUUUAAAUACAUGUUGAAAUGUCUAUUUUUGCCAUUGUUGUACAAUGACCUAUGAUCCUUUCUUAUGAAGAAUUGAAAAAUGAACCAUUAAAAAGAUGAAGAAAAAAAAGGCCACACAGUUAGUCACUCAUUCUUUUCAUCAAAGUAUCUCCCUACGUAAAAAUAAAACUCCCCAAUAAAUACAAAGACAGCAGAAAAAAAAAAAGAAAAAAAAAGUCCAAUAAGAAUGGACACAUAGGGCUCUGGUCUGGUCCAUCCCUGAGCUCGCUCUUUUGAGAAGGACAAAAAUACCAGGAGUGACCAAAAA